AUGGCUGGCACAGUUCCAUUCAGACAAAACCUACGGAAGCAGUCGCGACAGCUGUCGACCGACCCUCGCAAUGAGCUUCGUCCUCAAGUCGACCACUACAUUGGUAUCGAUGUUGGCACAGGCAGCGCCAGAGCCUGCAUCAUGAAUGAUCAAGGCGAUAUUGUAGGACUAGCUUCAGAAAACAUUGGUCUUUGGCAGCCACAGACCGGCUACUAUGAACAAUCUACAACCGACAUAUGGCGCUGCAUUUGCUCCUCCGUUCGGCGAGCACUAGACCAACACAACAUCGACCGAGAAUCCAUCCGUGGAAUUGGUUUCGACGCUACGUGCUCGCUCGCAGUCUUCCGGGACGACACAGAUGAACCCGUGUCUGUCACUGGACCCAACUUUGACAACAAGGAUGGCAAUGACCGCAACGUCGUGUUGUGGCUAGAUCACCGUCCCGUAGAAGAAACGAACAAGAUCAAUGCUACGAAUCACAACCUCCUCCGGUAUGUUGGAGGUAAGAUGUCGAUCGAGAUGGAGAUUCCGAAAGUGUUGUGGCUCAAGAACAACAUGCCCAAGGAGCUCUUUGACCGCUGCAAGUUCUACGACUUGACUGAUGCGCUUACACAUAUGGCUACGGGAAGCGAUACUCGAAGCUACUGCAGCGUGGUUUGCAAGCAAGGUUUCGUUCCCGUUGGCGUGGACGGAAGUGUCAAGGGCUGGCAAGAAGACUUCCUUAAAGAAGUUGGUCUUGAAGAGCUGGUCGAGGACAACUUCAAGCGCAUGGGAGGUGUAGACAAAGUGAAUGGACGUUACCUCACUGCUGGUGAGCUUGUAGGAACUCUCAGUGAGAAAGCAGCCCAAGAAAUGGGCCUUCUACCUGGUAUCGCUAUCGGUAGCGGCGUCAUUGAUGCUUAUGCCGGAUGGAUCGGUACAGUUGGCGCCAAAGUCAAGCUUAAUGAAGAUACUCUCGAUAUGGAGAUGCCAAAGAACGACGUCUCACAGGCUUUCACACGUCUCGCCGCCGUAGCAGGAACAUCUACGUGCCAUCUUGCUAUGUCCCGCGACCCUGUCUUCGUAGAUGGCGUAUGGGGCCCAUACCGAGACGUCUUACUUCCCGGAUACUGGAUGGCGGAAGGCGGGCAAAGUGCAACAGGAGAGCUCCUCAAACACGUCAUCGAAACACAUCCCGCCUUCAACGAAGCUGUGUCCGUCGCGGAGACUUACAACACAAACAUCUACGACUACUUGAACGAGCACCUCCGCGAAAUGGCUGAGAAGGAAUCUGCACCCCACAUCUCCUGGCUAGGCCGACACUUCUUCUUCUACGGCGACCUUUUCGGAAACCGCUCUCCCAUUGCAGACCCCAACAUGCAGGGCUCCGUCAUUGGCCUCAGCUCCGACAAAUCCCUCGACGGCCUGGCGAUAUACUACUACGGCACAUUGGAGUUCAUCGCUCUCCAAACUCAUCAGAUUGUCUCUGCAAUGAACAAGUCGGGCCACGUCAUCUCGUCGAUUUUCAUGUCGGGCAGCCAGUGCCAGAAUAGCCUUUUAAUGCAGCUCAUGGCCACCGCGUGUGACAUGCCGGUCCUCAUUCCGCGUUAUGUACAUGCCGCUGUUGUGCAUGGUGCGGCCAUGCUGGGCGCGAAGGCUGCCAGCACCGACAAGGAUGGUAACAGUGAGCCGCUGUGGGACAUUAUGGACAGAUUCAGCAAGCCCGGUAAGACGGUCAAGCCGCUUGGUGAUAAAACCUUGAAAAAGCUACUAGACGCCAAGUACAAGGUCUUCUUGGAGCAAUGCGAGGGGCAGCAACGGUACCGAAGUGAUGUCGAUGCUGCUAUUGAGGGUUGGAAACCUGCUUAG